AUGGCGGCCGAAGAACCAACCUACGAUCGCCUCGCCGAGCUCAUAGCAUUCGACGAGACGAAAGCCGGCGUCAAAGGCCUCGUCGACGCCGGAGUCACGGAGCUCCCUCGAAUCUUCCGCACCCCGCCCCACCUCGUCGACGACAGGCAGUCCGCUCCCGCCGCCGGCGACCCGGACUUCAUCUUCCCGAUCAUCGACCUCCACGGCGCGGCUACGGAUCCCGAGAAGCGAAACCAGAUCGUCGAGCAGGUCAGAGACGCGUCGGCGAAUUGGGGGUUUUUCGAAGUGGUCAACCACGGGAUCCCGACUGGCGUGGUGGAGGAGAUGAAGGCCGGAGUCCACAGGUUUCACGAGCUGGAGGUGGAGCAGAGGAAGCGAUUCUUCGGACGGGGAUCGGAGAAGAAGUUCGUCUAUAAUAGUAAUUUUGACCUCUUCAGCGGCGCGCCGGUGACGAAUUGGAGGGAUUCCACCAUUUAUCAGGCGGCGCCGGAGCCACCGGAGGAGAGCGAGUUGCCGGAAUGCUACAGGGGAAUUAUGGGUGAGUAUUCAGAGGAAGUGAUGAAGCUAGGCCAUCUCCUCUUUCAGUUGCUCUCAGAAGCUCUGGGUUUGGGCUCCAAUCAUCUGACAGAGAUGGAUUGUGGCAAAGGAUUAAUUGUUGCUGGACAUUACUUUCCACCUUUUCCCCAACCUGAGCUCGCAAUUGGGAUCAGCAACCACACCGAUUUCGACUUCAUCACCGUGGUGCUACAGGACCACGUCGGAGGGCUCCAGGUCCUCCGCCGCGACCAAUGGGUCGACGUGCCGCCGUUGCCGGAGGGUCUGGUGGUCAACAUCGGAGAUAUGCUCCAGGCAAGGUUUUUCUUAAACCACCAUUAUUCACUUCUUUGCUCUAACUAG